CAACCUUCAGAGCGUUGCCAUUCCCGAAAUCAUUCAGCUUCCAUAGACAUUGGUGUCCUCCAACAGGCGAGCCGAGUGGAACUGCAAGCUUAACAAAAUCGUUGGCAAAAAAAAGUGCAACAGAAAAGUAAUCGCAAAAUGUGUGUCUAUUUAGGAGCCACUGACGAUCUGAUGGAGAUAACUUACUUCGUACUGUGCCGUGUCCUCGAGCUGUCCCUGUUCACCUGCAUGAUGAUUUGCAACGCGAUCAGGUCCAAGUGGAAUAAUACCAAGGCCAUCGAGAUGGCGGAGCCGUGACCCAACGGAUGGCAGCACGACUGCAUAAAUGUGGAGCCCCCUGCAAAUUCGAUGGUGUGAAUGACCUUAUUCUCCCCUAUGUGUGUCUGAACGUUUAAUUAGCGAUGCAAUAUCCCUAGGAAUAAGCAUAAAUGUACUAUGUGUAUGUGUAAAUGUUCUUUAUAAGAUAAGCAUAAAUGUUUAAGUUUUCUUAGGUGAAAACUUUUUCCAUAGGAAAAUCGUAAAUGUAAAUCAUAAAUGUGUAAAUGUUUAUCUGUGUAAACUUCCCAAAAGACACCCAAUAAAUUAUUAUAAUUAU